AUGUCUGAACAAUAUAUUUUGGUUACCGGAGGUGCUGGUUAUAUCGGGUCUCAUACUGUCAUUGAGCUAAUUCAAAAUGGUUACAAAGUGGUUAUUGUUGAUAAUUUAAUUAAUUCAAGUUUUGAUGCAGUUUCAAGAAUUGAAUUUAUUGUUGGUGAAAAAGUUCCCUUUUUCAAUGUUGAUUUAAAAGAUGAAAAAUCAUUAACAAAAGUAUUUGAAACUUAUUCAAUUAAAAGUGUUAUUCAUUUUGCUGCAUUGAAAGCUGUUGGUGAAUCUACUAAAAUCCCACUAGAUUAUUAUGAUAAUAAUGUUAAUGGUACAAUUACUUUAUUAAAAGUUAUGAAUAAUGUUAAUGUUAAAACAAUUGUCUUUUCAUCAUCAGCUACUGUUUAUGGAGAUGCUACAAGAUUUGAAAAUAUGAUUCCAAUUCCUGAACAUUGUCCAAAUGAUCCAACAAACCCUUAUGGUAAAACAAAAUAUGUAAUUGAACAAAUCAUUCAUGAUUUAUACAAUAGUGAUCCUGAAUGGAGAGCUGCUAUCUUAAGAUAUUUCAAUCCAAUUGGUGCACAUCCUUCUGGAUUAAUUGGUGAAGAUCCAUUAGGUAUUCCAAAUAAUUUAUUACCAUAUUUGGCUCAAGUUGCCAUUGGAAGACGUGAAAAAUUAUCAAUUUUUGGUAAUGAUUAUAAUUCACAUGAUGGUACUCCAAUUAGAGAUUAUAUUCAUGUUGUUGAUUUAGCAAAAGGUCAUAUUGCUUCAUUAUCUUAUUUAAACAAUUUGGAAUCUAAUAAAGGUUUAUUUAGAGAAUGGAAUCUAGGUACUGGGAAAGGAUCAACUGUUUUUGAUGUUUAUCAUGCAUUUUCUAAAGCUGUUGGUAGAGAUUUACCUUAUGAAGUUGUUGGUAGAAGAGCUGGUGAUGUUUUAGAUUUGACUGCUAAUCCAACAAGGGCAAAUACAGAAUUGGAAUGGUUUGCUGAGAAAUCAAUUGAAGAUGCUUGUAAAGAUUUAUGGAGAUGGACAACUAAAAAUCCAUUUGGUUUCCAACUUGAUAAUUAUAAAUGGACAAUAUUUGGUGAAAUAGAAGGUAAUAGACUUCAUACUGUUGAUCUUGAUGGAUUUAAAGUUUCCAUUACAAAUUAUGGUGCUACAAUUCAAAAUAUUGAAUUAAAUGGUGAUAAAUUAGUUCUAGGUUUUGAUAAUUUAGAAAGUUACCAAUCAUCAUCAAAUCCAUUUUUCGGUGCAACUGUUGGUCGUUAUGCAAAUAGAAUUGGAAAUGGUGGGUUUACAAUUGAUGGUAAAUCAUUUAAAACUGAAAUUAAUGAAUCUGAAAAUAAAACUUUACAUGGAGGAUCCCAAGGAUUUGAUAAAAAGCAAUGGUUAGGUCCAAUUGUAUUGAAAGAAGAUGAUAAUUCAGUUUCUUUAUCAUUUAAAUAUAUUGAUCCUAAUGGAUCAAAUGGAUUCCCAAGUGAUUUAGAAACCAUUGUUAAAUAUAUUGUUUCACCUAAAAACACAUUAACAAUUGAUUUCGAAUCACAAAUUGUUGGUAAUAAUGGUGAUGUUACAGCUUUAAACUUAACAAAUCAUUCAUAUUUUACUUUGGGUGAUGAUGUUAUUGAUGAAUAUCAAGUUGAAUUAUCAACUCCAAAAUAUUUAGCAUUAGAUUCAAAUCAACUUCCAACUGGUGAAACUAAAAAAUUAGAUUCCACUUCAUUUAAAUUUGGAUCUCAACAAUUUGAUGAUGAUUUUAUUAUUAAUGAAGCGAAUGAAUUAUUGGACACAAGAUCUCAAGAUUUGAAAACUUUGGUUAACAUCAGUUCCUCAUCACAUUCAAUUAAAGUUUCAAGUACAGAACCAGCUUUCCAAUUAUAUACAGGUGAUGGAAUUUUUGUUGGAGAAUUCAAAUCAAGAGCUGGCUUUGCAGUGGAACCAAGUAGACCAGUUAAUGCUAUUAAUUCAUCAAAUGCUAAGCAAGUUAUUUUACGUAAAGGUGAAACUUAUGGUUCCAAAAUUCAAUAUGAAUUUGCUUAG